AUGGUUCGUGAUCUGCUUAGCUUCAACGUUCUGUUGAUCCUCAUAUUUGCAUCCACGUCCGUCAAUGCCGGGCCUGUAUACGCUAACACCGAAUGGACGGACUCCCAUGCGACUUUCAACGAUGGAAAUAAUGCUCAAGGAACGAUGGGAGGCGCAUGCGGAUAUGGAAAUAUCUCCUCCAGAGGUUAUGGUCUGGAGACCACGGCCUUGAGCUCAACUCUCUUCAACAGUGGGCUUACUUGUGGCGCCUGCUUCGAAAUCAAGUGCAAAGUGGAAAACAGCACAUGGUGCUUUCCCAACGCUGGUUCCAUCAAGGUCACUGCGACGGACCUCUGCCCUGCAAAUCCUGCGAUGCCCACCAACAAUGGUGGAUGGUGCAACCCGCCCAGGACUCAUUUCGAUCUGUCGUAUCAGAUGUUCACUCGCCUGGCCAAAGCAGAAGGAGCCAUCAUCCCCGUGCAGUUUCGGAGAGUACCAUGUGUGAAGGUUGGAGGCAUACGUUUUACAAUGAACGGCAAUCCAUGGUUCAACCUCGUGCUCGUUUCCAAUGUGGCUGGAGCUGGAAAUGUGGUGAACCUGCAGAUGAAAAGUUCCGAAACCAACUGGUUUUGGAUGACGGCGAGGCAGAUUUCGGGACAGUACUGGGAACUCAAUCAGAACCUGAUGGGACAAAAUAUAUCGUUCCGGGUGACACUUGGUAAUGGAAAGGUGAUGAUUGCCAACAACGUGGUCCCAGCAAACUGGAACUUCCAACAGACAUUUGAAUCCGAUAUCAACUUUUAG